UCUCGCGCGCGUCCAUCUCUAUGGUUUCCGUUGUGUUUUGUCCGGAAUGGGCGGGGCUUCCGGUUCCGGUGGGGCCGGCUGUAGCGACGGAGAUGGCGGCGGCAGCGGCGACGGCGACGGAGGCUGUGGCCUCCGGCUCUGGAGAACCCCGAGAGGAGGCCGAAGCUCCGGGCCUCGCCUGGGAUGAGUCCCAGCUGCGUAGUUAUAGCUUUCCGACCCGGCCCAUCCCCCGUCUGAGUCAGAGCGACCCCCGGGCGGAGGAGCUUAUCGAGAAUGAGGAGCCUGUGGUGCUGACAGACACAAAUCUUGUGUAUCCUGCUCUGAAAUGGGACCUCGAAUACCUGCAGGAGAACAUUGGCAACGGAGACUUCUCUGUGUACAGUGCCAGCACCCACAAGUUCUUGUACUAUGAUGAAAAGAAGAUGGCCAAUUUCCAGAACUUUAAGCCCAGGUCCAACAGGGAGGAAAUGAAAUUUCACGAGUUUGUUGAGAAACUGCAGGAUAUACAGCAGCAAGGAGGGGAAGAGAGGUUGUAUCUGCAGCAAACACUCAAUGACACUGUGGGCAGGAAGAUCGUCAUGGACUUCUUGGGUUUUAACUGGAACUGGAUUAAUAAGCAACAGGGAAAGCGUGGCUGGGGACAACUGACAUCCAACCUACUGCUCAUUGGCAUGGAAGGAAAUGUGACACCUGCUCACUAUGAUGAGCAGCAGAACUUCUUUGCUCAGAUAAAAGGCUACAAGCGAUGCAUUUUAUUCCCUCCGGAUCAGUUUGAGUGCCUGUACCCAUAUCCUGUUCAUCACCCAUGUGACAGACAGAGCCAGGUGGACUUUGACAAUCCUGACUACGAGAGGUUCCCCAAUUUCCAGAACGUGGUUGGUUAUGAAACAGUGGUUGGCCCUGGUGAUGUUCUUUACAUCCCAAUGUACUGGUGGCAUCACAUAGAGUCAUUACUAAAUGGGGGGAUUACCAUCACUGUGAACUUCUGGUAUAAGGGGGCCCCCACCCCUAAGAGAAUUGAAUAUCCUCUCAAAGCCCAUCAGAAAGUGGCCAUAAUGAGAAACAUUGAGAAGAUGCUUGGAGAGGCCUUGGGGAACCCACAAGAGGUGGGGCCCUUGUUGAACACAAUGAUCAAGGGUCGAUACAACUAGCCUGCCAGGAGUCGAGGCCUCCUGCCAGGUGACUGCUAGCCCGUCCACACCGCUUCACUGAUGAGGACAGGAGACUCCAAGCGCUAGUAUUGCACGCUGCACUUAAUGGACUGGACUCCUGCCAUGGCCCUGGAGGCAGGUGUUUGGGGCAAGGCAGGGUGGUUGGCGCUCCACUCCCAUUUGGAGAGACUUCUUGCCCUUGCCUCUGUGCCCCAGCAUCUUCCCUCUCUGCCCCCACUAAGGCCUGCAUUCAGUGUGUGGAGUCCCAGCUUCUGGUUGUCAUCAUGUCUGUGUGCGUCAGUCUGUCACCCUUGGGAUGUGUGUGCGUGUGUGUGCAUGCACACGCACGUGUGUAUCUGUUUCUUGCUUUCUCCUUCUGAGUCAGGAUGCCACUGCUGGCUCUUGGGCCUGUCUCCUGCAGCCUCAGUGCCUCAGCCUGAGAGAGAGGAGAUGGUCUCGGAUGCCCACUAUAUCUGGGCUGCGGGGCCAGAGCACUCCUGACCACCAGGUGAAUCUGCCUCCUUCCAAUUUUCACAGUCAGGCUCUAGGCUGGGUGGGAAUGGUUACUGGGACUCUUCAUGGGAAGAGUGAGAGGGGGACUUGCCUCUGAGAGCCUGGAUAGCCUUCCUAUGAGAGAAUCAGAGUUCCAACUUGGACCUUUCAGCUCAAGCCAUACAUAAAAAAAAAACCUCGGGACAUGAGAGCCAAGGAUUAUGCCUAAGUUCCACAUUGCAGACACAUACAGCUUCUCUCUUACAGCACCAGCUCCGGCUCCCCGUGCUGAGUACCAGGGGAGUUCUCUUAGUAGUGGCUUCUCUAGGUUCUAGGGGUAUGAGCCUCUGUGUGGAUGUGUGUGUGAUAUGUGUGCACACACGCACGUGCAUCUGUGUCCGUGUCCACACUGGCCUGCCUCUUGGCUUACUGAGUUUCUCCACUGCUUAACCUUGUCCAGUGGGACACACAGUGUAAGCCCCAGGGAAGUACUGCCUGGCCUAGCCUAAAGCUUUUAAACUCAGUUUUAGCCAUCGGACGCUGGUCAGGUCUCACUGCAACCCACCUGAGGCUGAGUGGUGAGAGCCUCCAGGUCCUGUGACCCUCCCUGCCCAGGCCACGUCCUCCACUCCUGCGGAGCUUCCUGGUCAAGUAAAUGAAAUGGGGUCAAGCCUAGGCAGCCAGCUUGCCACCUGUCAUCCACCUCAGGGCAAGGACAAAAAUACAGCCUUGCCUCUUAAAGCCAGCGCCUCUGCCAGACCCCUCUGUAAUGUUCCACAAACACCCUUGAAAGUCAGGGCAGCUGAUGAUGGAGCACAGAAGUGGAAUUUCUUUUCCUGUUCAUUGUUACUUGUGGGAACCCCUCUCAGGGCUGCAGCUUGGAGCUGGGUACUGCACAACCCAGAGGGCCAUCGGUCACAUGAUUCAGUGGAACUGGGGCUGCUGGAAUUGGGCAGUAUGGUGGCCCUGUAGUCCUGUGUCUUCUCACCUCCACUCCCAUCUCCAUGCCCCUUCUCUCUGGAAGGAAAGAGGAGUUGGAAAACUCUGGGGUUUUUUUGUUUGUUUGUUUUGUUUUAUUUUUUGCCAAAGGUUUACUGUCAGCUUCUGAGCUGUGGCUCUGACCCCCAAAGCUCAGUUUACAGUUACAGUUAACAGCGCACUGAUGGACUGAGAGGAUGUAUGUGUGUGCGUGUGUGCACCUGUUUGGGUAUUGGGGUAGGGGUGUUUAUUUUUAGUACCCCAUUCUGGGGUUCUCUGAUGCAGCGUGGGUGUGCAAACACGGUACCUUCUCAAGUGUAGUUCUUUCAAAUAUAGCCAAUGCUGGAAAAUGUGAUUGCAGUGAUCUCCAUCCCUCCAUCUCUUGGGAAAGAGGAGUGCAGCAAAGAAAACAAGGCAGACAGAGGAUAAACUUCAGCCCAAGCAAACUUUGAAAGAUAGCAGAUUAUUUUUGUUCUCCUUAGGAGGUCUGCCGCACCCCUGGCUCAGCCUUCAGGGAUGUGGGCGAUGUGCAGCAGGGAGGCAUGUGGCCCUCUGCUGCUCCUGGCUGAGUGCUGUGCUGGCACAGAUCUGACCUAAGGCGACUGGGUGUGGGGGGAGGGUCCUUUACAGGAUUGGUGCUGACCCUUGGGUAAUACAGUAGUGAACCCUGAUUAUUAGACAUUCAGUUUCUGCGUAGUGCUCUCAUUUUUGUUCCUCACUAUCUUGCAAGGUAGGUAUUUCCAUUUCACAGCUAAAGAAACGGGCUCAGAGGGGUUUCAGUGAUGAGUGGCAAUCAGGAUUUGAACCUACUGUUCAUUUGACUGCAGAGCCCCUGCUGCUCCCUUUCCACCAUACACUUGUUUCUCCUGCCUUGCUGCCUACCUUGUCGUACAGGCUGUCCUCAGAUCUCACCACACUGGGCAGUGCCCAAGAGGGUGCACAGACUACAGCUCAGGGUAAAAGCUCUUUUGGGCUCCAGCUAAAGACUUCUUGUGAAAACUGUCAGGAAGCCUUGUUCUGAGUUAAGACUGCUGGAAGGAGUUGUGGGGAAACUGAGUUCUAGAUCCCAGUGCAUUAUUUGUCCUUUAAUAGGUACCAUAACUUCUCCCAGCUUGCUUUUGCACCUUUAAGAUUGAAGAUCCAGUUCUAGAUAAUAACUAAGAACAUCUAUUCAUGUUCUGCUGCCUCCCUUUCCCCCAAGGAAGAGAGCUAGUCUCUUCCCUUCCCUUAGGGCUGAGUAAGAGCUUUUUAGGCUCAGAUUCUACUUGCGGCUAAGGAAACAUACCUGCUCUGUUGCUUACUCCUCUGCUGACCAGCAAUGUGCAGGCGACACUCCAAGGGAAGGUGGGGCUUUGGACCUGAAAGGAGGUCAGUCAUAUUAUAGGCUCACGUUUUUACAUCAGCAGGUAUAUGGGAAACUGUUCUUUUGUGAAGUCAAAUAUGUGUUGGGGAGUUGGAGUUCAGGGGAGGAAGGAAGGGCUGUUCUGGGCAUCAGUUGAGCAGAUGCCCAGGAUGCCUGGGGGAGACCAGCUUCCCCUACAAAUCAGAGCUCUAAAUUACAAGGUUUUUACCAGUGCGAACAGUUGGGGGAAGUCGUCUGCUCUCAUUUGCGUAAUGGUUUCUGUCACUGGUGAUUAGACACAGGAUGAAGGAAAAGAAAUUUGACAAUUAGGAAUGAGCGAUCAUUAAUCUGAAUCUGUUAGGAGACAGAGAAGGGAAGGAUUCUUAUCAGUGGGCCAGUCCGGUGUGGGGAGACCCUCCUUCUGCCCCUACCAGAGACUCUUGGGCCACAUACCCUUCCAUUGUUCCCACAUGCAGGCUGAGCUGAUGUUUCUUUACAAAGCCUAGGUAGGCCCAUUCCCCAACCUAAGGUAGAUACGGUAGGGUGGGUAUAGGAAUGGGACAUCAGAGAGAGAUGGAUGGGUGUCAAAUGCAAGUGACAGGGCAAAGAAUACCAAUGGAAAAGUUUUGACGGAUUUGCUGUUUGUGGAAAAAUUCUUUUAAUCAACACUCCAGCUACCCGACCCGUGACAAGUGUCUGUUACAUUCCAACACUGCAGGAUGUGGAGAAAUCCUGGUUUUUAUCUUCUAGGACCUUCUACUUAGUUGAAAAGGGAACCACAAAACAGAGGUUGUGAAGCCAUGAAUCUUGAACCUUGUGAGGUCAAGAUGAGAGAUUGUUGAGAAGAGGAAGAUCAGUAGAGCGCAAGCUCUGCCCCCAGGAUCCUCCAAGUUCCUGGGCUCUCCUGGGAGGGACUCUUCCUUCCAGGACUCCCAGCAAUGCUGGUUUUUUCCCAGUCAUUGUAGCCUCAGUGCAGGAGCUACUAAGGGGCACUGAGGACCCCAUCUGGGCAUGUGAACAGGUGAUGAGAAAACUUCAAGUGGGCUGAGUCCUAAGGUGUGGAGAGUCCCAACUUGGAUUUUCCCGGGUCUCUGUGGCACAUCAUUAUGCAUUCUUCCUGUCUUCACACUUCAAGGACUAUAUUAAUUUGCACUAGUUGGUGGUAUUUGUUCCUCAGUUUUGUGACUUGUGUGUGGUAGUUUCCUUAGAGUAUCAGAACGUGAACUUCCCAGAGAUAGGACUAUGUCUCUCCCAUGGUAAACUACCUACCUGUGAGGCUUCUACCCUUUCAGACUGGGUGCGGAGUUGAUGCGGAGUAGGGUGACAGGGAAUAGCCCUCAGUGACUAGUUUUACCCAAACAGGUUGGAUGCUGGGAUGCAUCUGGAAGUGGCUUCUUGGGGUUCCAGAAGCUCUGACCUUUCAGCCCUGUUCUCAUCGUCCUCUGGAACCUGCAGUGCUUGUCCUCCAGUCCAUGCCGACUUCUGGUGAACUCUCAAGCUUCCUGCAUUGAAGAGCUAUUCCAUCUUCCUUUUUCAGGCUCCCCCAGUUUCUCGCUCUCCCACUCAACUUCCUUCUGUCCAGUCUCUCUCAGGCAAGUGCCUUUUCCCUAAACAGUUGCGCUUUCUUCAGAAGCCCCAUGGCUGCAGGUGUUUGGAUAGACUUUCUCUAGGAUCUCUCCCCCUAGAGCAUCUUUGCGUUAUCGUCCUUUUUCGAUCUGUGGUUAGUCCAUUUAUUCUGUAUCUGCUCUGCCCUCUUAGUGUUCCUUUGUUAAUUCUGUGCAGCCUGCUUCGCUUUUCUAACUCUGGUGGCCCUUCUGCAAGUCUUCAGCCAUCUCUGUUUAAUCAUCAUUGAUCUUAGGGUCCUCAGUGGAGCCAAGCUGAGUGCUUUUGGCAUGCCUCUGGGGGAUGAGGCCUUAGACACUGGCAGCCUUAAGGCCCAGGGACCAAUGGUCCUUGGGGCCUCCGGAGGUAGGCGAGGGGAGGGUACCUAAAGUCUUGGACAGCGGAGAGCCAGUGAGGAGGGACUGGGUAGGAGAAUCCCAGGAUGGGGCCAGGCCUGGCAAGCUAGGAUGGAAUAAGCAGUUUCGUGCUUCCACCUGAAUGCAUCCUGUGUGCCUUAUGGCCCAGCAAGCAGUUCAGGGAUGGUGGGCAUCUUGUGAAUGUCUCCUAGCUUCUCUUGGGUGUCUUUGGCCAUGCCUCAAGUCACCAAGUUUGGUGACCUCUGCAUUCCAGCGUUUGUUGGAAGGGAAACAGCGAAUUGGUAGUUUUAUGUAAGGAUCGGAGGUCUCAGAUGAGAAAAGCCGUGGAAGCUGGGGUAGCAGGUGAGAGGGACUCGUUGGUCAGCUUACCCGGGCUCUCUUCAUUCCUCCAAGUGUUUAAGUAUAAAAGCUGACUAAAGAAGUGAAAAAAUGAGGCCUUGCCUUUUUCCCCACCUGAAGUCUGGUUUCAGGUAGUGUUUGGGGAAGGAGUAUAUGCCCUUUAACUUCCAGUGAGAAGCAAUCUAGCAUAGUGUUUUAAAGAAUGGAUUUUGGAGUCCGAUGUCUUUGGUUCACUUUUGUAGCUUUGCUGCUUACCAGCUGGUUUGACCUUGUUGAUUGAUUUCUCCUUUCUGAGCCUGUUUCCUCAACUCUAAUGGUAUGUAUUGGGGUGGGGGGUAGUGUUGAAAAUACCUACCUCAGUGUUGUCAGAUAACUAACUGAAACAAUGUAAAGCUUGAGCAAGGUGCCUGACAAGCACUUAACUAAAUGGCUGUAGUGGUGGUGGUGGUUUAUGAUGUGGUUUUUUCAGAAACUUGAUUUCAGUGAUUUGUGAGCAGAUGUCCAGUGAUUUCUUUUCUCUAAAGAAAACCAUAGGGAAAAACAAGGAAAAUGCCCUGGAGAUGCCCAUAUUGAGUUGGGGGCAGACAAAAGGGCCCUGGUACCCAAACCUGUCCUAGAGGGAGGGAAACAGGGAAUUGUCGGAUACCUUUUGCCUGGUCAGUCAGACAUGACCACUCUCCACGCCAGUCCCAGGGUGAGGGUGAGAAGCCAUCAGGCGUAAGCUCUCCUUACAUCAUUGGAGAGGUGAGGGCAGCUGAAUGGGUUCCCAUCACCCCUGGAGAAGCUAUGCCAACUUCACAUCAUUAGACACUAACGCAGUCAAGUGGGGCCCUGUUCAUUCAGUUUUAUUCUGUGAGCUUCAGUGUAUUCAAAUUGUAUGUGUGUUAAGAGGUUCUAGGGCAGAGGGUAUUGAUAAACUGGUAUCUGGAAGAUAACGGGACUGGGGAGUAGUGAAGAGCAUACAUUUCUCCUCUGGCUUAUUUCCCAGUUCCCAAACACUGUGCUCCUCUGUGUUUAAGGGUUCUGUUAAUAACUCCUAGGAAGGAACUGGGUGAUGGACUCCAAAGGAAGAAAACCCUUUGGUUAGCCAUAGAAAUCUUUGGAAAUCAUUUUGGUUUGGUUGCUGGGCCAGGUUUGUCCUGGAGUGCAGAAGGAUUGGACUUGCUCCUUUGUAGCCUUUCUCCUGUCCUCUUUCUCAGAGGUCUGUCUGCAUUCUGGCCUCUGGAGCCACUCUGCCACCCUACUUGGAAGAGAUUUCCUAAUACAGUCACUCAGACAUCACCCUGAGGUAUAUUCUGGCUGCCUGGAAUUCUCAGCCUUUUCUACACCCCCACCCACUCCCCUCCUCCCCAUGGUGAGCUGAGCCAAGGCCCUCUGUAGCCAUGUACAGCCUCUUUCCUCCAACCUUGGUCCCCAGCCUCAUGGGUGAAGAAGACCCCUCUCUAGUUUGUGCCAAGUCAUUUCUGGACUAUAGGUCAUCCUGUAGUCACCUUGUAUUCAUUCACCUCGUUGCUUCUAGAUUUCUUUGGCUGUGGGCCUUGGAAGACUUCUCCUUGGGCCCAGAAAAUGUUGUAUUCAGUUUGCUUAAAACCUACUCGAUCAUUGAGGUCAGUUCUGCCCUUAAGGGAAGCUCUGCUCCUUAAUCCAAAAUCUAAGCUAUAUUUGGGCUAGGUUUUUAUCAUCUUUCUAGUAUAUAGUGUACAGUGCAACAUAGGGUAGUGGAUGAGAAUGAGGGCUUUGCAUACCUGGCUUUGAAUCCUAGAUCUGUUAUUCUGUAUGACCUACGGCAAAUGACAGACUGCUUGUAACUCCUUGAUGUGUAUGGGGACAACAUUGCUUACCAUGUCACGGCUGUGUGAAACAAGGUUUGUAAAGAAAGUCUUAGCAGAGAGACAGUUCCAGAGCAAGGCCGAGCCCUUCUGUCUUUCAAAGCUCUCACCUCUCUUCCCCAUCUAACUUUCCAGUGAAGGUCCUGCUUCUGGUCUCAGGGCAAGUCUAGUCGUUGACUUGUGAGCAGGGCAGAGGUAUGAGCAUAAACUCUCCUGCUCAUUCCUGUCCCUACCCCUUCUCAGUGACCUGAUUUCGCAAGGACCCUCUCACACUACCAUCACUGGGGAAUGAUCUUCCAAAAUCUCUUUUCUGUAAUGUUAAAAAUACCCAAAACACAAUGUCAGUGACAGUGGAAAACCUCAGAACUGCUACUGAGGGAGUGGGAGUCACUGAAGGUGUGUGCAGGCUGGCAGCAAAACAGGCAGGAAUGCGGGAGAGCUGGAGCUUGGUGCAGCGGCCACCAUGCUAGUCCAGAGGCAGCAGGACCUUGGGCUUAAGAAGGUUCCCUGUGAGUUUUCAAAUAGUGAGUUUUUGACUACGUUAUUUGAGCAAAAUCCUACGCACUUUACUGUCACUGUGGUCAUUGUUUUCACAAGAGUUUGAUGUCUUGAUAGGAGUAGAGGCAUUCGAUUUGCCUCCUGGGUUUGAAAUCCCUAUUUGCUGCUUCCUAACUCUAUACUUAGGUGAGUUUAAGAGCUCUUGGGGCAGGUGGGAGAGCUCUUGGUCUUGGCCACUUCACCUGUGGGAAAUAGGUGGGAAAUAGCACAUGGCUUGCAUUGUUGUUUGCAGUGUAUGUGGAAAUGUUCAGUGCGGGUGCUUAGGAGAUGGUUUAUUAUGAAGACCCGAGUGUCUGUGAACAGUGUUCAGUUAGUGCUUGGAGAGAAGGAAACUGACAGCAGGACUUUUUGGAUCCUACUUUCUCAGGAUACAGUGCUCGAAGCAGAAUCUCAGAAGACAUGGCUUGGUGGGGGAGCAAAAUGGAAAAGGUCAUAAGGCUUUGUAAGAGCGUGAAUGUCUGUGAAAGGCAGGGCUGGGGACAAAGAUUGUGUUGCCAGGAUGGGGUCUUGAGGAACAGAAGCAAAGAGCUAGACUCUAGUUUACCACCUAAUCCCCAGAGGAAUAAAGGAAAUGGAGCAGGAGAGUGUCUGUGGCGGACAGGACACUGGCUAAGUAGAAAGAACACAAGUUUCAGGGAUAGUGAACCAACGUGUGAAUCUUAGGUGUACUUUUCAGAGGCUGGGCGACUUUGAACUUGAUUGUCUCUAAGCUUCAGUCCCCUCACCUUUAAAACCGGCUAGUAACUGCUGCUACCUCGCUUACAGAGUAGAUGGGACGAUACAUGUGAAAGUGCUGUGUAAACCAAGCCCUGUUUGUUGUGGUUUAGGAGAGCUUCUCCAGAGUGGAUGGAUUAAAGAAUUGUAAGAGGUCCCAUAUUCCCCCCCUCCCCCACCGCAGCAGAAAUGGUAAGACGGAGUUCUUUUAGUCUGCCACCAUUUGACUAGGAAGGAUUUUGACUGAAAAAGGAUAAGCAGUGUGGUAAGAAAGGGCAAGUUUUGGAGUUGCAUGGACUGCGUUUAAAUCUUAUUUUCACUGUUCCCAGAAUUGAGUUGGUCAGAUCACUUACGGUAUCUCAGCUUUGGUUUCUUAAUAGACCCCUUCAUGUGGUCAUUGGGAAUAAAUGAGACACCUCAAGUGAAACAGCUCAGUGCUCAGUGCCCACCUAGUCAGUGCCCAGGAAAUGUUCAUUCCCUUUCUUUCUUUCAUUUCUUUUCCCCUUAGGAAGCAUCCAUUUACCCAGCAUAAAAGGUCUCGGUUAUCCAUGCCUUAGUAUGAACAAAUAAUAUCUGAUCUUCUCCUUCUUUUCUAGGGUGAGAUUGGUUGCCUUAAAGAAGUGUGAGUGUGAGUGGGGGAGAUUUGAGGUGAAGGAGCCAGGACUCCACAAUAUUGGGGAUGGAGUAGGGAUACUCUGGUUAUCUGGUCAGCAUAGGGGCAGGGUGAAUGAACAAAGGGUGAUAUUGAGAGGUGAGAAUUUCAAGAAAGAUGGUAGGUGCUCAGUGCUAGAGGGAAAGACAGUUGAGCAAGGGGUUUGGAGUAGAGUAUGGAGUGGAGGACAGACAGUGAACUAAGUGCCCGAAGACCAGAGUUCUGCCAGGAAAACCUUGGGAAUUGUGAUUAAUGUCGAAGUUGUGAAGAAGUCUUGUAUUUUUCCAGCUAUCAUUUUAAUACCUGUAAGGGUUGCAAUCUUCAGAAAGAAAGAAUAUAAAAAGAAAGCAGGAAUCCUCAAGAUGGAAAGACUUUUUUUGUUUUUUGUUUUUUUUAAAGUAAUCUUUAUGCCCAACAUGGGCUCAAACUCACGACCCUGAGAACAAGAGUCGCAUGCUCUACCAGCUGAGGCAGCCAGAUACACCAAGAUGGAAAGACUUUCUAAGUGUUUUCAGAGCCAAGGAUUUGCAUCACCUUAUGAGGGCGUAUGGUAGUCCAGUUGGGGUUCUAGACUUCUAUGAGAAAAUGUAGUUAGGUCCGGAAGAGCAUAGACUCCUGGAAUCUGAGUUGGGUAACCACCUCUGUAAGUAAUGGAGGUCCUUCAGGCUUUCAGAGACUGCAAGUAGGACUUUCUGUUUCCCUUAGAAUCCAGUCACUGGUCCAACCAGUGUUUCCAAUUGUUUCACAACUUCAGCCAUCUGAGAAGGCAACCUUGAAACUGUUCAGGGCAGCAUCAGUUGCUUCCUUGAUAGGUUUGUAUCUUUUCAUGCUGGAGGACUUGGGAUGAAGAACAGACGUAUUUAAGAACAUGAGAGCCACAGCAUUACUGCAUUUGCUGUAAGGAACCUAUGCCGUUUGUAUUUUCAGUCCUUGACACGUGGAAGAGAGUUUGCCUUGGUUUAAUAGGUUUACUUUGUAAUACCAACUAAACAGUGUUGAGUAAUUUAUUUAGACUUGAAUUUUACAUUGAAAUCUUCCUGAGUGUACAGUUUUGGAGCAUUUUAAAUGAUUUAAGAUUUGCUGUAUUUAUAAACUUAAUUUAUUGGCUAUAUAACAAGUACUUCGGAAGGUUUACUUCAGUCAGAUAAAUUAAGAACUUGAGGAAAUCAAAUACGUAACCUUCCAUGAAAUCAUACCCCUUUGUUUUAUAAGCAAAAUAAUAAGGUUUGUAACCUGAACUUAAAAGCUUAGACAAGAAUUGGGAUUUUGAGUAUGUAACUUUGAAAACUGAAUAUAGCUUUUUAAAGAAAUUUCCGGUUAAUUAUUUCUGUACACAAAAGUCACCCUUGUGGGUAUCAAAAAACUCAGGGACUGUAGUAUUACCACAAAACCAAGUCUUUAGUCUCUCCAAGUACCAGGCAACUGGCAGCAGUUAAGGUGGCCAGCAUGGGUCACAUCAGAGCUACAGACAUGGUUUUUGAAAGCUUUUUAAAUUCUUUGGCAGCAUUUAAGAUAAACUCCGAUCUAAAAAGCCAGAUUUUGGCUUCUCUGGAAAAUCAAAAGAUCGGACAAUAAAAUUACAUUUUCUAUAUGACAACAGUUGGCUAGAGCUGAGUAGCUGCCACCCAUUCGGGGGUGGGGGGGGGUGUUCCUUCCAGUUUGCUAUAGUCACUGCUUCUCAUUUUGGUACCUUAUUCCUGGUUUGUUUUUCUGUGCCGUAUCUGGCCCACAUAGAUUUUUGAGUUGUGUGGCCCCUGAACUAGAGGUUCUGAGGUUCCUAACAGCUGAUGGAUAGUCUGGGGUAAGGGCUCAGGAAGAAUGUAGGCCCCACCCUUCUCUCUGUCCUCAGUGUCUGCACUCCAACUCCACUGUCUGCCCAUCUGACUUGGCCCCAGGACUGGGUUUGCAACCUCUCUAGGGAGUAUGUAAGAACUUCCGGGUUCAGACUUCCCUGUGUUUGCUGCUUUUUCCUGUGACCAGACCAGCUCCAGGUCUUUUCUUGCCCCGACAGUUUGCCUAGGCUCUCCCCUCAUGUCUCAGUUCCUAUGCACUUCUGAUGGUUACCUUUGUAAUUUGACCACGGCCUCACUCUGUUGCAUGAGGACCACCAGGCUCUCUGCUUUAGCUUAUACUACCUGAUCGUGGAUCUUCUGACUCAGACUCCCAAACCCUGACCCCAUCUCCACCAUCACUGCUCACUGUCUGAACAGUGUGGUUACACAGCGGAGGGGUGGAAGAUUGCUGAGGGUUCAGGAAACAUGGGAGAUGAGGUUGGAAGUGUUUGGAUUUUCCAGAGAAGGAGGCAGAGGCCAACCACAGUUUAGAGAGGCAGCUAGUAGAAGGCUCUUUAGGGGAGGGAAAUCACUGCACAUACUUGAAGGCAAAGGAGAAGACAGUAGGAGAGAAUUUAAAUGCCCAAAGACCUUAAGUAAGGUCUCAGACAAGACACAGGGUGAUAAACUAGGAAAUGGCAGUAGUUGCUUAUGCUCGGGGAUUCUAAAGCUCAGAAAUAUCCACAGAGGCAAGACAUGCAGGAGGGAGCACCACCGGGAGUCUAUAAUCCCCGACCGUUCUAGUUAAAUAAAUGACACUAUAUACUUUGGAAAGAGGGGCCUGGUCACGAUGUUGGGGUUAUGGCCUGGGGCGAGACGCUCACAAUAUCUGUAGAUGUAGUAGAAACAUCUGAACCAAAUGGUCAUGUUGCUUGGUGAAGAGCCAGACCCAGCGAGGGUUGAUUUAUGGAUCCAUGUCAUCCUAGACCAGAGGGAAGUCUCCAGCAGAAUGCUGUAGGGCUCGAUCUGGGCCUGUGUCCUGUCUGACAUUUUUAUUGACAACUGACCAAGGCAGCAGGCUCAUCAAGUUUGCAGGUGAUAGAGCUUGGAGGGGCAGCUAAUACUUUGCAUGAAAGAGUCAGGAUUCAAAAUGAUUUCAACAGGCUGGAACACUGGGCUGGAACCAACAAGAUUAAAUUUAACAGGGAUAAAUGUAGAGCCCUGCACUUAGGUUAAAACAAAAUCAAUGACAUAAGUACCGGGCGGGGGGUGGGCCCAGCUUGACAGCAGUUCAUGAAGAAAAGACCUGGGGGGUUUAGUUGACUGCAAGCUCAAUAUGAGUCAACCAUGUGAUGUGACUGCUGAAACCUCUAAUACAAUCACGAAUUGCAUUAACCAAAAAGGAGCAGCCAGAUCAAGGGAGGCCAUUACCCUGCUGCUUUCUCAGAUUGUCAGGCCACCUCUGGAAUACUCUGUCCAACUCUGAGGUUCUUUUUUUAAAGGAGGUCAGUGACAAAUAGGAACAUUUUGACAAGCAGCCAGCGUGGCAUUGGGCCUGAGUACUGCCAGAAACUUGGUAGAAACUAUGGUGCCGUGGUUCUGGGAUGAAGGGCAGGGAUGUAUGAUCUGACCCCAGCAAACAGUUGAAUCUGGAGUACUUUUGGAGGUGGGGUGAAAAGUGGGGGUGGGGUCUGGUUUUUUUCACUUCCUGGGGAUACCUGGAAGCAUUGGCCUGUGAGUCUCAUCCCAGGCCUUUCUGAAGUCAGAUGACUAAGGGUUACUUAGGAGGAGUCCAGAAUGGGGAUCAGUGGGAAAGUAAAGAGAACGGGUUAGUAAAGUGUGAAGUAACCUGCAAAUCUGUGCCUCGGAACACCACCUUUCCAUCCCCUUUCCAUCCUUCUCCACCCUCCCCUGGGAUCUGCAGUCCUCACUUUGGUCACACCGUGGCGCCCUCGCUCCACACGGAUGCUGAGCCAAUGGUGGAUGCGGAGUGGGCAGCCAGGCUGCUGCUGCACUUCCCGCACUCUCCGCUAUGGGGAGCCCGUGGGGCCGCUCCACUUAGUCGCUCUUGACCAGGGACUUCUGUGUGGCAAGAAAACAACUGAGGUUAAAAAAAAGAAAGAAAGAAA